GUAUCGAUUUGAUUUUCAAUCGAACUUUUAUCGCAUCCAUAGAACUCCUAGUUCGAUUAGGUUUGUAGCCCUGCCUGGAUAAAAAAAAAAACAUCGAUAUCGAUAAGCACGUGCUUUGUCAAUCCUUAAAAGAUUUUUAAGUGAGGAGGCUUUACCAACCGUGUGCGAAAUCUUGAAAAGAAAACUGUUUCUCGGUUUUUAUCAGAUUCUUCGAAUUCUUUACGGAAGAAGUUAAUCCCAUAUUACUGCAAGAUGAAAGCCUGGAGAGAUGUGGGUAUUACCUAUAUCCAGUAUUCCAACAUCGCAGCCCGAGUGGUGCGAGAGGCCCUGCGCAUUGAGCUCCGCGCAGACGCCGCCAAGCGAAACAUUAGCAUUGUGAAGUUCACUCCGUGGGUGAACGGAAAGCCUGUGCCGCGCAAGAAGGUAGAACGCGAUUCCGAAUAUUAGACGCCUUUGUGGCCCAUUUCGGUGAUUUCUACAACAUGUUCCAUCCAAAAUAACAGCUGCCACGAUUCUACAAUAACAUUUCAAAUAAAUCUGAAUCACUGAAAAA